CAAAAUUUCUAUUUCCCGACUGUAAAUUCGGCGUCGUCAUCCCUCCCCCCUCUUACCCUUCUUUCAAUUUCUCCUUUCUCUGCAUUUCCGUCUCUCUCUCUCUCUCUAAGUUAACCAAGAUGGAGUGGAACCCAGAAACCCUAAAUUUCCUCUCUCAGUGCUUCCUCAACACAUUAUCUCCACUCCCCGAGCCUCGCCGCCGCGCCGAGGCUGCACUGGCUGAGGCUGCUGAUCGACCUAACUAUGGCCUUGCCGUUCUCCGCCUCGUCGCCGAGCCCACUGUUGAUGCACAGAUCAGCCAAUCCGCUGCCGUCAACUUCAAAAACCACCUCAAAACCCGUUGGUCCCCACAACCGAAUGAUCCUGUUCAGUUUAUUGUACCAGACCCGGAGAAGGAACAGAUUAAAUCCUUAAUUGUUACCUUGAUGGUUAAUUCCUCUCCCAAAAUUCAAGCACAGCUUAGUGAAGCCCUUACUAUUAUUGGGAAACAUGAUUUUCCAAAAGCCUGGCAGACUUUGUUGCCAGAAGUAGUUGCGACUUUGGAUAAAUUGAGCCAGGCUAAUGACUAUGUUUCAGUCAAUGGUGUUUUAGCUAUGGUUAAUUCUUUGUUUAAGAAAUUCAGGUAUCAGUUUAACACGAAUGAGAUGUUGCUCGAUUUGAAGUAUUGCCUCGAUAACUUUGCUAAGCCGUUGUUGGAAGUCUUUAAACGGACUGCAGGGUUCAUAGACCAGCUUCAGGCUUCUGGGAAUGCAAAUAUGAAUGCUCUCAAGGGUUAUAUAGAGUCCCAGAGGCUGUGCUGUAGGAUCUUUUAUUCGUUGAAUUUUAUGGACUUGCCUGAGUUUUUUGAGGAUCAUAUGGAUGAAUGGAUGAUUGAAUUCAACAAAUAUUUGACGGUAAACUAUUCUUCUUUGGAAGAUAGUGGAAAGGAUGGUCUUGCUUUGGUUGACGAGUUACGAGCUGCUGUUUGUGAGAACAUCAGCCUGUAUAUGGAGAAAGACGAAGAGGCAUUUCAGAAAUAUUUGAGUGGGUUUGUAGAGGCCGUAUGGGGGCUUUUGGUUGUGGUGUCUAAUUCAUCCAGUCGGGAGAGGCUGACUGUGACUGCCAUCAAGUUUUUGACGACUGUUAGUACAAGUGUUCAUCAUACGUUGUUUGCGAGGGAUGAUAUUUUGCAACAGAUAAGUCAGAGUGUUGUAAUUCCCAAUGUGAUGUUAAGGGACGAGGAUGAAGAGCUUUUUGAGAUGAAUUAUGUGGAGUUCAUAAGGAGAGACAUGGAAGGCAGCGACCUUGAUACUAGAAGGAGGAUUGCUUGUGAACUCCUUAAGGGGAUUGCUACGAAUUAUAAGCAGAAGGUUACUGAGAAGGUGAGUGCUCAGUUACAGAGUCUCUUGACCUCAUUUGCAGAGAAUCCAUCAGCAAAUUGGAAGCACAAAGACUGUGCUAUCUAUUUGGUUGUCUCCCUCGCAACGAAGAAAGCUGGUGGAAGUUCUGUUUCGACUGAUCUGGUUGACAUUGAGAGCUUUUUUGGCUCUGUUAUUGUGCCAGAGCUGCGGAAUCAAGAUGUUGAUGGAUUUCCGAUGUUGAAAGCUGGUGCACUGAAGUUCUUCACUGUGUUUAGGAAUCAAAUCUCCAAACCUGUUGCAUUGGCAUUGCUUCCUGAUGUGGUUCGCUUCCUCGGAUCGGAGUCCAAUGUUGUUCAUUCAUAUGCUGCCAACUGCAUUGAGAAGCUCUUGCUCGUCAAAGACGAGGGUGGAAGGGCAAGGUACUUAGCGGCAGAUGUGAACCCGUUUUUGCUUGCUCUGAUGACCAAUCUUUUUAGUGCACUGCACAAGCCAGAAUCCGAAGAGAAUCAGUAUGUGAUGAAGUGUAUCAUGCGAGUUCUUGGAGUUGCUAACGUUUCUCGCGAGGUUGCUUUACCUUGCAUCAAUGGUCUGGCAACUGUUCUGAAUAGGGUUUGUGAAAACCCAAAAAAUCCUGUGUUUAACCACUAUAUGUUUGAAUCAGUGGCUGUUCUGAUCAGACGGGCUUGUGAGCAGGACCCCACGCUCAUUUCAGCUUUUGAGACAAGCCUUCUGCCCUGCUUGCAGAUGAUCUUAGCUAGAGAUGUUAGUGAGUUUUUCCCUUAUGCAUUCCAGCUGCUGGCUCAGUUUGUCGACUUGAAUCGAUCUCCUUUACCAGGGAAUUAUAUGGACAUUUUUGCAAUACUACUUCUGCCUGAAUCUUGGAAAAAGUCUGGAAACGUUCCAGCCCUUGUUCGUUUGCUCCAGGCCUUCCUUAAAAAGGCAUCACAUGAGUUAAAUCAGCAGGGCAGAUUAUCUAAUGUUCUUGGAAUAUUCAACACGCUAGUUUCAUCUCCUAGUACUGACGAGCAAGGGUUUUAUGUUCUCAACACCGUGAUUGAGAAUCUGGGAUUUGAUGUGAUCUCACCCUACGUAAGCCACAUUUGGGUGGCUUUGUUUAAACGGCUUCAGAACAACAGAACAGUGAAAUUUGUGAAGUCUCUUGUAAUACAUAUGUCACUUUUUCUGGUGAAGCACGGCCCGCAGAACCUUGCUAGCUCAAUAAAUACUGUCCAGCCGGAUGUUUUCCGUACAAUUUUGGAGCAGUUCUGGAUACCAAAUCUCAAGCUGAUCACAGGUUCAAUGGAGCUCAAACUAACUUCAGUUGCUUCAACUCGACUUAUAUGUGAAUCAUUGUCACCAUCAGACUCAAUGAUUUGGGGGAAAAUGCUUGAUAGCAUAGUUACACUUCUUUCACGCCCAGAGGAGGAGAGAGUGGAAGAGGAUCCUGAGAUUCCUGAUUUCGGUGAAACUAUUGGUUAUAAUGCUUCAUUUGUCCGCCUGUAUAAUGCAGGGAGGAAAGAAGAGGACCCUCUGCAAGAAAUUAAUGAUCCGAAACAAUUUUUGGCUGCAUCUUUGGCAAACCUUUCUGCUCGUUCGCCUGGAGUAUUACCCCAAAUCAUUAAUGAGAAUCUUGAACAGGCAAAUCAAGCUGCACUUUUUCAACUUUGCAGCUCCUAUAAUCUAAGAAUUGUUUGAGAGGGAAGCUAUCUUAUGGAGUGAUGGUAUAUUGGUGGAAGAAGAAUGGUUUGUGGUAUUAUUUUUAUGGGGUCGGGUCAUUUUCAGUGUCCGUGUAGAAGCAUGCAGAACUCUUGCAUCCAACCAAAUGGGUCAAGAGAUAAGCCGUGGUUGAGAAAUUUCAAAGGUAUUUUGGGUUUUGUCAAAUAUAAAUCCUGUAGACGGGAGCAUCUGUAUGAGUUUGGUUUUCUUGAGAGUGGAGACUGCCUCUCGACUUUGCUUCCGAAUUUUAGUUUAUCGGUCGACAUGUAUUCAUAUAAGAAGAUGAUAUUGAAUUUUGUGGUGGUUUUGGGUGAAGUGAUUGAGGUAUAAACCAUAUUGUUUUUGAGUGGUCAAGUUGUGUAGACAAUCAUUUGUGUCCAAGUUAUUAUUCAUUUUCUAUUUGCGCA